AUGUUCAAUCCAAAUGCAACAUAAUAAGGUUUAUUCGGAAAUUAACCUCCUUAAACAAAUUCCAUAUUCUCUGCACCUGCUGCUCAAUAAUCAAAUAACCUCUUUAACAAUCCAUAAACAACGCAAUAAAAUAAUAUGAUGUUUGGAUAGACAAAUACUUAAACUUAACAAGGGAUAGGUGGAUUUGGAUAAACAUCAUUAUUAGGAUAACCAGCUCAAAAUUAAGGUUUAUUUGGUCCUACAUCAACGACAACUCCUAACCUAUUUGGAAACACAUAACCAGCCUUUGGAUAAUAACCUAAUUUAUUUGCUACCACGCCUUAAUAAUAGUAACCAGGAAUGAUGUAGAAUGGUCUAUAAUAUCCUCAAUAAAAUUAGAUUCAAACUUUAAUUAAUGAUUCUAAUGCCUUUAAAGAAAAAUAUAAUGCAUUGACUCUAAAGAUCGGUGAAACAGAAAAAACCUUUAUUAAUCAACCUGCUUAAAACUAAUAAUGGUAAUAAAUGAUCUAGCCAAUUUCUCAAAUAGUCUUUCAAAUUGAUACCAAAUCUGUUCUAGAUACUUCUGAAUAGAUUUUAGCUGGUUAAAAGGAUUUGUCUAAAAAUCUAAAUGAAUACAUUUCGACUGUUGGAUUGGUUUAGAAAAUUACAGAGGAUGGGCUUGAAGUCUUAAAAAAAGAAGAGGCUCAAUGCAAUGAUUAUUAAAAAGCUUAACAAACUAUGAAGGAAUCAUAUGAUCAAUUAUCCGGCACAGUUAGACUUAAUUAAUAGUUUUCUGUUCCCUAAAAAUAUUAAGAACAACUAAUUAUUCAAUAAUAUGAAUAAUUAGAUCGAUUGACUAGCACUGUUAAUAAUAUGAUCAAGUAUUACGAAAAACAACCAAAUAUGGACGUAGAUGAAGCCUUGCAAUAUAAAUUAAUGCAUCUUUAAACUUUGUCCAAUUACUAAUGUAUGCUUUCAUCAAGAAUCAGAAAUAUUUAAGAAAAAAUUUCUACAUUCUAAACCAAAACCUAUUCUUAAAUUAUGCCAGAUAAAAAGAUUGAUGAAUUCUAUACCAUCGAUACACACAAAGAUCUGCUAGAUCAAAUAAUUGCAGAAAAAAUUUGA